AUUUCUGUCCGGCAGCUAUGAGGCAGCUGUGAGGUUCUCUCCUGAGCGAGAGAGAGGAGAGAGAGAUUGGUUUGUACUUCAGUGGGCUUUCCUCAACCAGUGUGUUUUUGUUUUUGUCUGCGAUUCUCUUCCUCCCCUGCCUUCCUCUCCCAGCUUACACCUUGGUCUGCAACGGGAAAGUUACUGACAUGAAGAAGCUACUCUGCAGUGUGGCUGUGCUGGCCAUCUGCUGUGCCACGUCCUACACCAUGCCCGUGUCUCAAGAUGUCAGUGGGAGCCUGGACAAGACGGCAGCAGAGGUGAAGAGCGCGGGACACCGAGGUGAUGGAAGCCUGCUGUCUUGCAGCACUGCGAAGGGAGCACUCCUUUGGCUCAGCAGGCCAGACCCCAAGACUUCAGCCCCACCGAAGCCGAGUGGACCACAGAGAGAUUGCAUCAGGAAAAUCCUGACCAGUUUCCACACCCAGAGUCGGCCAAAGAAGAACACGUGGGCCAGCUACAAUCUCAACUCCUUCGGUCUGAAGUUUGGCAAACGGCUGCCGAGGCCAAGAGGAACGGUUGGAGGUUGAGAUUCGGGGAGUAGCCGACUCCCAUUGCUCUGCGGCAAAUAGGCUGACAUUUAGACCAAACCCGUUUUAAUAUUUCCUGUCUUUUUUUUUUUGGUGUUGUUCCGACAAAUAUCAUUGCAUGGCACCGAUUAUAGCACUCGGCCCCACCUCGGCCACUUAAAACAAAAAGGACAUUCUCUUUCGAUAAUAGAUUGAAAUGGUCACAAGGAGUUGGAAUGGUCUGUAUUUUAUAAUAAUCCUGGCAUGCGAUACAGCGCCUGAUCACGUC